UCUGGCACUGACCACAAGGUCCUGAAAACAAACAACAACAAAAAAAGAAAACCCAAUUGAAGAUGUGAUGUAAUACUUUGCAAAAAUAUUUGAAGGUUCGGAUAAGUUCAAUCUUAACAAAAGAGAGAAAUAGUAAAAUAAAAACAUUACGGUAUUCAAAUGGACUUCAAAAUAUUUAUUAAUUUCCUAAUUAUAUUGAAUAUUUUGUACUCGGCGUAUGCAAUUCGUUGGCUGUCCUUGCAACGGUCCCAUCUCGCUUGGAAUUCGCUGGAAAAUAGCGGCGGACGCGGCAUCAGAUCCGGCGUCAAGUCUCCUUGUUCCGUGGCAAGGAGAAGGUAUGGCUUUGCCAAAUUGCAGACCAAACUCUGCAGAAAUUCUUUGGAGACUAUGCCGUACGUUCAGAGUGCCGCCCAGAUGGCAUCGGAGACCUGCAAGGUGAUCUUCGAGGAUCGUAGGUGGAACUGCUCCAGCAUCGACACCGCCCCCUCAUUAACUCCAGAUCUACUAAGAGCAACACGAGAGCAAGCUUUCGUGUACGCUAUCAGCUCGGCAGCUUUAACAUUCAGCAUGGCAAGGGCUUGCGCCAAUGGAGGUUUAUACCAUUGCGCCUGUUCGAGUCCCCCAAAGGAUCCCCCAAUGGGCAAUUUUAAAUGGGGCGGUUGCGGCGAUAACGUGAAAUGGGGUACAGACUUUGCGAAACGAUUCGUCGACGCCGUCGAAAAACACAACACGAAGAAAGCACCAGAUAAAACUGAUGGUGCGAUGAAGAAUUACAUAGCAGCAGUGAAUCUGCACAACAACAAAAUUGGUCGCAAAGUCGUUUCCGAAAGUUUGAUAACUCAAUGUAAAUGCCACGGGGUUUCGGGUUCAUGCAGCAUAAAAACAUGUUGGCGGGGUAUACCCGCGAUGAAGGAGAUCGGACAAAGGUUGCUGAGAAAGUUCACGAAUGCAAAGGAGAUACAGAAGGGGUACAUGAUAGUGGAGAACGACGUGCCGGAGGUCCCAGGUCGCAGAUCCGUCUCCGAUCAGUUUGUUUAUUUAACGAAGUCUCCGGAUUACUGCACGAGGGACGACAAGUUGGGCAGUUUGGGAACGGUCGGCAGGAAGUGCAAUGUGACGUCCAAUGGCACGGACAGCUGCAGACAACUCUGUUGCGGACGAGGAUACAGGACCGUUGUCGAGGAGAAAAUCGAGCGGUGCCAAUGCAAGUACUACUAUUGCUGUUAUGUAAAAUGCAAAACUUGCAGAACGCUCACCCAAACGCACGAAUGCAGUUAAAAAUUCAUCGUAAAGCUCAUUUCUGUUUCUCUGCAGAGUAAAAUACUGCAGUUCGACCUGGGGAAAUGCCAUACAUAUUUAUUAGAAUCAUGGUGCGAUAAAUUAGUUCUUCGUUCUCAGCUUUAAACUUUUCUCGUAUGCAUUUCAACACUAUGUACA